AUGACAAUUCCGAUAAUAGAUUUUUCAUUAUUUGAAGAAGAUUCAUCAAAUUGUUCAAAACAAAUUAAAUCAGCAAGUGAAUCUAUUGGAUUUUUUUUCUUGAAAAAUCAUGGAAUUGAACGUGAAAUCAUUGAUGAUAUGUUUAAAAAUACCCAAGAAUAUUUUAAUCUUUCACUUGAAGAGAAAUCCAAAUAUAGAAUAACAAAAGAAAAAAACAAAGGAUACGCUGCUAUGCAUCAAGAGACACUUGAUCCAGAUAAUCAAACAAGUGGGGGGGAUUUCAAAGAAACAUUUAAUUUUGGAAAGAUUCUUGAUGGAAAACCAACUCAAGAACUUCCUUUAUUAUUUGAAAAAAAUUUGAUUGUAUUGGAAUCUUUUAUUAAGUCUUGUCAUAGAUUAUGUGUGAAAGUACUACAAGCAUUUGCCAUUGCACUUGAAAUUAGUGAAACUGAAGGAGGAAAGUAUUGGUUUGAGAAAAGACAUAGAUAUGAAGAAAAGUCAGGGGAUAUUUUAAGAAUACUUCAUUAUCCUGCCAUGAAUAAAGUUAAUUCUGAAGAUAUCCGUGCCGGAAGCCAUUCAGACUAUGGUUCUUUAACUAUUCUUUUUCAAAAAGAUAUUGCGGGCCUUGAAGUUCUAUCUGCAGAUAUGAAUUGGGUAUCUGUCCCUGUUAUUCCAGAUUGUGUACUAAUUAAUAUAGGCGAUCUGUUGGAAUUUUGGACUCAAGGUUUAUUCAAAUCCACUAAGCAUCGAGUUGUCUUUCGCAAAGAAACUUUAAAUCAAGAUAGAUAUAGUAUUGCUUAUUUUUGUCAUGCUGAAGACGACGUAGGAUUAGACCCAAUUCCUAGUCGAUUCAUAAUUGCAGAUGAGAAAGGUGGCAAGAGCAUGACUGCUGUUAUGCCAUCCGCAACAAGCACUUGGUCGUUAAAUAGAAAUUAUGGUGUAGUUAUAGAUGCUGGAAGCUCUGGCUCAAGAAUUCAAAUAUAUUCUUGGAAAGAGCAUGACUUCGUAAGAAAGGGUAAGGAUCCAAAGGAUCUCCAUAUCUUACCUACUAUUGAACACGGAGAUGAAUUUGGAGCUAAAAGUGCUGAAGGAAUAUCUUCGUUCGCUUUGAAUCCAACUGAAGUAGGCGAAAAACAUUUGAAAGAGUUAAUAGAUUUUGCAUUAAGAAUUGUCCCAUCAGAUGAAAUUUCUAAUACACCAAUAUAUUUACUCGCUACUGCUGGAAUGCGUUUAUUGCCUCUUCAUCAGCAAACAGCUAUACUUCAAAGUGCGUGCGAUUAUAUAAUGUUUCAAAAUCGAUUCAAAAUGAUGGAAAAGUGUUCAGACCAUGUUCAGGUCAUCUCAGGAGAAAAGGAGGGUAUAUAUGGUUGGAUUGCUGUAAAUUAUUUGAUGGGAGGAUUUGAAAUAGACAAAGGUGACCAUAAAGUUAUCAAUUCACGACAAACACAACAAUCCUAUCAUAAUAAUUCUAGUUCAACUAAACAUAUGACUACUUUUGGUUUCCUGGAUAUGGGUGGAGCUAGCACACAAAUUGCUUUUGAGCCUAAUUUGGAAGAAUCAAAAAAACACGCAAAUGAUUUGACUACAGUCCUUCUUUGGACUUUGGAUGGUCAACAAAUGGAAUAUAAGGUAUUUGUGACCACAUUUUUGGGUUAUGGAACAAAUGAAGCACGCCGUCGUUAUAUUGAAGAUCGUAUUAAAGAUUAUACUUCCACCCACGAGAAAAUUGCAAAUCCAGAUAGUUCACGUGAACAACCUAACGUUUUGAUAAAAGAUCCUUGUUUGCCAAUUGAUCUUCUCCUUACCGAUACGACUUUACCACCUCCACUAUAUACUCUUCAGGGAACUGGAAAUUUUGAUCAUUGUUUAAAUUAUACUUAUUCGUUACUAAACAAAUCCGUUGUAUGUACCGACGAACCUUGUUUGUUUAAUGGUGUUCAUACUCCAAAUAUUGAUUUCACCGUUAAUCACUUCAUUGGAAUAUCGGAAUAUUGGUACACCUCUCAUGAUAUUUUUGAUAUAGGUGGUAAAUGGGAUUAUAAAAACUUUGAAGCAAAAGCCACUGAUUAUUGUUCGAGCAAUUGGGAUAAAAUCUUGAGUAAUUACCAUAAAAGUGGAUCUUUGUCUGAUUUACCUCGCUUAGAAAUGCAAUGUUUCAAAUCCGCGUGGUUAGCAAAUGUACUACAUAAUGGAAUUGGUAUUCCAAAAUCUGAAAGUACUAUAGGAGAGACACCUCUUUUUCAAAGCAUUGAUGUUAUAGAUAAUAUGCAAGUUAGUUGGACAUUGGGUAAAAUGGUUUUAGAAGCUUCAAGCAUGAUACCUUUGAUAUUCGAUGCACGUCCAAAACCUCCACCAAAUCCUCAACAUCACGGGAUAUUCGGUUAUUAUAAUUUCAUGAUAGAAUGGAUUAUUGGAAUUUCAUUAAUAAUACUAUUAAUUCUGAUAUGGUAUAUGUGUUUACGCAAAAAUGCAUCAGUAACAAGAAGACGACCUGACUCUGGGUUUAUAUAUUCACGCUUUUUAUCAUUAAUUUGGUGGGGUGCAAAAGAUGGUGGUCCGGAUUACGGGAGACUGGAAGGUGGGCAGCAAUACUCAUCACCUGUCGCAUUUUCUCGGAAAGUAAUAAACUUUUUUUCCAGGAGUAUUAAAUAUAUUCGAUGGAAAUUUUUUCAGUUUAAUUCACCAUUCAGACGAGUUUUCUCGAGAAAAAAUGCGAAUUCUAGUGAAGAUAUAUCAUUAGUUCGAGUGGUUGAUAAUGAAGAAAUGAUGCAUAUUCAUUCGUCACCUACAAUCGAACCUUCAAAUCUGGUAAUUGGUGUUCAAGAUAUUCCUGUCAUCACACCUAUUGAUAAAGGAUCACCAACCGGGAAAAAGCGAGUUAGCGGCGAUAGUGCCAUAGAAUGUGGGCCAUGUGAUUUUACUCACGCUUUUUCCACUCCUAUCAAUUUAUCCUUAACUGGUCUGCAACCACGUAACAAUAGCAUGACCAACCUUGGAAAAUCCAAAGAACGUACAGUUGUUAAUGUUAGCAGUAUUAAUGGACAAUCAGGAUCCAACGGUGGACAUCUUAAUGACAACAGUAAUGGAAUAACUGUUUCUAAUACGCCAAGUAAUUUAUUAGCUUACAAAUCAAGAUCUACAACAUCACUCAGUUGGAUGGAUGGAGAUAAUCAUAUGAAUGAUGGAUUGGUUGAAUAUGAAGCAACAGACUCUCCAGGAGCUGUAACAUCUUCUAAACAAAAUUUAACUUCAUCUAUAAGCACAACGGAACCAGCAAAAUGGUAUUCCACGUCAAUGUCAGCUAGAUCAUACAGUCUUCCA